AGUCUCCUCUAUGCUCUUCUUUGUCUUCAAUCUUCUUCAAUCUUCACUCUUCUAGAUCUCUCUCUCUCUCUCUCUCUCUCUCUGUCUCUGAAGCUACUGGGUUAUACCUAGCUGACAUUUAUAUACUAAUACCAUAAAGUCUUGGUCUUAUACUCUAAUAAUAGCAGCCCCUUCUUUUUCUGCCACAUUCAUUUUUUGUUUGAGGAGGUUUGUAUAGAGAUUACAGAAGCUUGAGCACAAUUUCUCUCCUGUUUUGCACCUGUUUUUUCGUUUACAAUGAUUUACACAUCAAUUUCUUAUGAGAAUCCAUGGGCAGCAGCAAUCAAUCCAAAAGUGAUGAAGCUUUCAAGAAAGCAACCACAACAUCCUUUUCACUUAAAACCCAUCAUUCGUUGUCACCGCCAAAACCCAGAUAACACCACCAUACACAACCCCAAACCACCCAAAAUCCAGCUCAAAGAUCCCAUCUUGGUCACCCCAACAACGACUCAAGUUGUUUACAGAACAGCCAAGAAAAACAGGGCCAAUGUGGAAAGGAAAGGCCUUCCCAAAUUGGGAAGUCAACAAAUGAUGAUUUUGUGUGGAUUUGGGUAUUGGGUUCAAGGCUUUAGGUGCUUUCCGUGGUUGGCUUUGAACUUUCACAUGGCUCACAAUCUUAAUAUGCACCCUUCAAUAUUGCAACUUGUACAACAUUCUGGUAAUCUUCCCAUGGUGGCUAAGCCCUUGUAUGGACUCCUCUCUGAUGCUUUUUAUAUUGGUGGUGCUCAUAGAAUUCCUUAUGUUUCCAUUGGAGUUCUUCUACAGGUCCUGUCUUGGGGAUCACUGGCUCUGGUUCCAGUUGCAGCUAAGGCCCUUCCAACCCUUAUGGCAUGUGUUCUUCUCAGUAAUCUUGGAGCAUCAAUUACAGAAGUAGCAAAGGAUGCUCUUGUUGCAGAAUAUGGCCAGCAACACAGGAUGAAAGGCCUCCAGUCUUAUGCAUUCAUGGCAUUAGCUGCCGGUGGAAUCCUUGGGAACUUAGUAGGUGGAUAUUUCUUAAUGAAAGCACCACCCCGAACCAUGUUUCUCCUGUUUUCGGUUUUACUUUCCGCUCAACUUGCAAUUUCAUCGAGAAUAAGAGAGGAAUCUCUUGGUUUACCACAAUUGUCAGACCAGAGUCUUGCAGGGAAACCAAUCUUGGAAAGUCUUAGGAAACAAUUGUCGGAUCUAAUGAUGGGAAUUCAAGAGCAAAGCCUUGUUCAUCCACUUACUUGGAUUGUAGCUUCUAUUGCCAUGGUCCCGGUUCUGUCAGGUUCCAUCUUUUGCUAUCAAACACAAUGUCUAAAUCUUGAUCCUUCGGUCAUUGGCAUGUCUCGAGUGAUUGGCCAGUUGAUGCUUCUUUCCACUACCGUACUUUACGACCGUUAUUGGAAACAUGUUCCAAUGAGGAAGUUGGUUGGUAUUGUGCAGUUCGUGUAUGCCUUCUCCCUUCUUCUCGACUUUGUUUUAGUAAGACAGAUCAAUCUCAGACUGGGGAUUCCGAAUGAGGUUUUUGUUCUUUGUUUUUCGGGAUUGGCAGAAACAAUUGCACAGUUCAAGCUCUUACCUUUCUCAGUCCUGUUUGCCCAUUUAUGUCCUCGAGGUUGUGAAGGAUCUCUCACUGCUUUCUUAGCUUCAGCCUUGAUUUUUUCAUCAAUAGUUAGCGGGUUUUUAGGUGUUGGAUUGGCUUCUCUGAUUGGAGUAACAGCUGGUGACUACUCAAGCCUGCCUUUGGGGAUUCUGGUACAGUUUCUUGCGGCUUUACUUCCCUUGGGAUGGAUUCAUCAUUUACCCGCGUCAGAAGCUAUUGUUGGGAAGGAGAGGAAAAAAAGUUUAAGUAGGAGGAGUCAGAAAAAUAGAAGGGUUGGUAGAGUGGUUUAUGAUUCUGUAUAUAUCUACAGGCGAGAGAGAGAAUCAGAAGCAGAGAGUUGAAGAAUCAGACAUCUUGGGGAUUAACAUUUCUUUUUGGGGAGCAAGGGGUUUGAAAAUGAGAAGCAUAUGCGGGAUUGCCAUGAAGAGAACCUGAAAGUUAGAGAUGAACAUGCCACUCACUUCCUUUUGUUGUAGUAAAGGUAUUUUGGAUUGACUGACCGUUGUUCAUACCCUCCUUAACUUUUUUUUUUGUUGUUGUAGUAAAGGUAUUUUGGAUUGACUGACCGUUGUUCAUACCCUCCUUAACUUAGAAAGAGGCUCCAUGUCAGUUACUGGUACGAAUUUUCAGACUGACAAAGAAACGGCUACCUCAUGUAUAAUGGAGCUGAAUUUUGAAUAAGGUAAUCAGUUGGUUGUAAUAGAGCUUUUGUUUCAAAAAUCAGCAAUACAGAUGCCAUCCGGCAUGAGCUCUUCGGACAUGUACCUGGGGCUUAACCCAGAAAAAGGAAAAGACAAAAUAUAAGGGCUCAAUGAUUCUCUCCCAGAGAUUAGUGGAAUGAGCUAAUUGUUUAGUUGAUCAUACUCUCUGGUGUGACCGACCUAAAGAAAAAAGAAAGAAAGAAAUACUCGUGUACAAAUUUUGGGACUUCUACUUGUAUAUAUUGGAGAUAAGGCUCGGGCGUUCUCUAGCCUCUCA